GCAAAAUUAGGGACAUCUUGUGCCUGCUGUUCCUUCAAGCAAUGACUCGUGUGAGACGGAGCAGGACGCAUGGCUCGACGAAGAACCAAGCAAAGUAUUUGAAAGGACGACGGUCGACAAAGGACAUCGAUCAGAUCCACGAAGACAUUGACAAUGCGACUUUCGAUCCUGAUCGUCGUACCCGACUCGAUGGAGGCUUCAAACCGAGCCCUGAAGAUCUGCCAGGUGGAGGUGAACACCACUGCUUGCAGUGCGACAGGCACUUUACAACAGACGCCGACCUAUCUCAUCAUACCAAGUCCAAGAUACACAAACGUCGCUUGAAACAACUCAAGGAGGAAGCCUACUCCCAUGUCGAAGCCGAUGCUGGUCGAGGCAUUGGCAGGGAUAAUCGGCAGCGUACAGGUGACGGCAAGCUCGUCGAAGAGACUAUGCAAUAAAUAUGCCCUGCUAGCGCACAUGGGAUCGUAGGCACCUAGAAGCGUCUCGGGCAAUACCGCUGCAGCAAUGUACCCCGGAUUCGCGUCUCGUCAGCCCGGUGACUCUUGUACAAAAUCAGCCACAUUGCCAUGUCUUCUUUGUCUGUUGUACAGCUCUAGGCAGGAUUGUCAAACAAUGUGCGACGAAUAGACUCGGCGACUCGCGAUCGAUCCCGUCACGGCUG